UAGACAUUUUGCAGUAAAAUGGUCAAACCGACGAUGAAAUACUUCCAGAUCCGGCAAUAAUCUGCUCAUUAAACCAGACAAAGCUUCAGUAUUGACAUUACUGACUGAUAGUCAAUCAUUGAUGAACUACUGUUAGAUGAUCUGCGUCCCCAGACAGGAAGCAGCUUUGAAGUCCUGCCACAAAAGAUGUCUGAGCUGAGGGUUGUUCUGCUGGGGAACAGCUGGACUGAGAAAAAUGAAGUCGGAAAUCUCUUACUGGGAGAAAUUGUGUUCAGCAAUCAACCUAAAGGGUGUACGAGAAUUAGUGCUACACCCAAGGGCCAAAAAAUUGCUGUCAUCAACACCCACUACCUGCCUCCUCUCAAAACCUCCCAAAAUGAUCUGACAGAGUUUAUAAGAGACUGUGCAAAAAUCUCUGCUCCUGGACCUCAUGUGUUCCUGCUGCUUGUACAGUCCGAAAACUUUACAGAAGAACAUAAACUGAGACUCUGCAGAGUCCUUCAGGGUUAUAGUGAUCGAUCAUUUGAUCAUUCACUGAUACUGAUCUCAGCACCCAAAGAGGAGAGCUCAGAUCCUGUGGAAGAUUUCAUGAAAAGUCCAGCAUUAAAUGAAAUAAUCAAAAAAUGUAAAUGCAGAUACUUGAAGAUGAGCAACAUUGAACUCCCAGAGCUGUUAAGACAUUUGGGUGAAAUUAUGAAGGACAACAAUAGAGAACAUGUGAGCUAUGAAGCUUUUGAAGACACAACAGAAACUUUAUCAGGAGAUCAAGAAAACCCAAAACAAAAGGAGACGAAGACUCCAAUCACUGAUGCUGUUAAAGCUGCAGGGCUGCACAACUCACUCACUGCUCAACUCUCACCGUCUGAGAAAAACCUUUUGUCAAAAACGUCUGCAUUCAGGAUUGUGUUGUUGGGCAAAAGUGAGGACAAGAAGACAAAAAUUGGCAACUUCAUCAUUGGGCACCAAGGUUUUCACUGCCAGAAACAGUCCCCCAUCAGGCACUGUGUGGCCUUUUGUGGAGAGUGGAUAGGAAAACCACUAACAGUAGUGAAAACUCCAGACAUGUUCAGUCUGUCUGAGGAGGACAUGAGAAGAGAAGUAAAGAGUUGUGUGUGUCUUUGCCCCCCUGCACCAAAUGUGCUGCUGCUGUUGGUGAAACCUUCUAAAUUCACAGAGGAGAACAGAAAAACUCUGAAGUUCAUCCUGAGUUUGUUUGGAGAAGAUUCCUUUAAACACUCAAUGGUCAUCAUCACACAUGAGAAUGAAAUGAGUAUCUCUGCGAAUGAAGUCCUCAGAGAAUGUGAAGGAAGGCACUACAACGUGUCUGACGAUAACUAUAGAUCAUUAAUGGAGAAGAUUCAGGAAAUGACAAAUCUGCUUAAGCAAGAACAGAUCAAAACAAACAACAGCAGUCAAGAAUACCUCACCUUAAAAAAAGAAUCCCAUCACACGAUAGAACCUCUCUGUUCAAAAUCCAAUCUGAACCUGGUUCUGUGUGGGAGGAGAGGAGUAGAGAAGACUUCAGCAGCCAAGGCCAUUUUAGGUCAGACAGAGCUUCAUUCAGUCUCCAACUCAUCAGAGUGUGUUAAACAUCGGGGAGAGGUGUGUGGAUGUUGGGUUUCCCUGGUGGAGCUGCCUGCCCUGUAUGGAAAACUUCAGCAGGCAGUGAUUAAGGAAUCACUCAGGUGUAUCUCCCUCUGUAAUCCUGAGGGUGUCCAUGCCUUCAUCCUGGUCCUACCUGUGGAUCCCCUCACUGAUGAAGACAAGGGAGAGUUAGAGACCAUCCAGAACACAUUCGGCUCUCGGGUCAAUGACUUCACCAUGAUUCUGUUCACUGUGGACUCAAAUCCUACAGCUCCAGCUAUUGUUAACUUUGUUAGUAAAAGUAAAGACACCCUGGAGCUCUGUCAGAGUUGUGGGGGAAGAUCUUUUGUUCUUAGCAUCAAGGACAAACAGCAGAUCCCAGAACUGAUGAAGACUGUGGACAAAAUCAGACAAUCCAGUGAUAACCCAACUUGCUAUACAACAGAAACAUUUUUAGAUGCCCAAAUGGAAAGAGUCGUACAGCAAGAUAAACUGAUCAGCAAACUACAGGGUGAACUUGAGAAGCUGAGAAAAACCCAAAACACCGCUAUGACUGAUGAAGAUAAGCAGAGCCCAGAGUGUCUCAGGAUUGUGCUGAUUGGGAAGACCGGCAGUGGAAAGAGCUCUUCAGGAAACACCAUUCUAGGGAGAAAAGUGUUUGAAGCCAAGUCAAGUCAAAAAUCAGUCACCAAAUGUUGCCAAAAAGAAAAGAGUGAGGUUGACGGUCGUCCUGUUGUUGUGGUCGACACUCCUGGUCUGUUUGACUCAACUUUGUCAAAUGAAGAAGUUCAGGAGGAAAUGUUGAAAUGUGUCAGUCUUCUGGCUCCAGGACCACAUGUCUUCCUGCUGGUGUUACAGAUUGGCAGACUCACACCAGAGGAAAAGGAAACAUUAAAACUCAUUAAGGAAGGAUUUGGGAAGAACUCUGAAAAAUUCACCAUCAUUCUUUUAACUGGAGGAGAUUCAUUAAAGCGUGAUGACCGGUCCAUUGAAGAUUACCUUGAGGAGUGUGAUGAUUUAUUCAAGAAAUUAAUUUCUGACUGUGGAGGAAGAUACCAUGUUUUCAAUAAUGUAGAUAAAGAGAACUGCCAACAAGUCAGUGAGCUGAUAACAAAGAUUGACACCAUGGUGAAAGAAAAUGGGGGAAACUGCUUCACCAAUGAAAUGCUACAAGAAGCUGAAGCAGCAAUAAAAAAGGAAAUGGAGAGAAUACUGAAGGAGAAGGGAGAAGAAAUGAAGAGAGAGAGAGAGGAGGUUGAAAGAAAACAUGAAGAAGAAAAGGGAGCCAUCAAAACAAGAAUGGAAGAAGAGAAAGAAAAAAUGCAGCAGGAAGCAGAACUGAAAAUCAAAGAAAUGGAAGAAAAUAUGAAAAAGGAGCAAAAACAGAGAAAGAAAGAACAGGAAAUGAGAGAAGAAGAGGACAGGAAACGGAAAGAGGAGGAAGAAAAACGUAGGCAGGAGUUUACAAUGAAACUUGAAAUGUUGGACAAACAAAUUCAGUCAGAAAAAGAGGAAAAGAGAAGGAUGGACAAAAAGCUGGAAGAGAACAGAGAAGAAAUGAAAAGAAAACAGGAAGCCUGGGAGAAAGAACGAAGAGAAGAAAGAGAGAAACGAAAACAAGAAGAAGAACAUAGACGACAGGAGGAGAAAGAAAGAAUAGAAAAGCACAAGCAGGAAAAGGAAAGUUAUGAAAAGAAAAGAAAGGAAGAAAAUCAGAAGAGAAAAGAAGAGGAGGAAAAAGAACGAAAUCAGCUGGAGGAAAACCACAAAACAAGUGUGGAAAAUCUGAAGAAGAAAUAUGAAGAUGAGGCCAGAAAGAAAGCUGAAGAGUACAAUGAUUUCACAGAGAAACACAAAAAAGAGUUUGCAGCUCAGAAGAAGGAGCAUGAGGAUUUCACAGAGAAAGUCAACAAAGAGUUUGCAGCUCAGAAGAAGGAGCAUGAGAAAAAAAUUAAAGACAAAGACGAGAAGUAUGACCUGUUAAAGGCUCUGGCUGAGUUUAAUGAAAAACAAAAGAGAGAAAAACAUCUUGGAGAAAUCAGUGAUGUGAUAAAGUGUCUGACCAAGAAGAGAGGAAAUCUGAAAAAAAUCCAAGACUUGCUCACAAAACAUGAGAACCAAAUGAAGAAUGCAAAACAACAGGAUGAAAUAGAAAACCUGCAGAAAACCCAUGAAACAGAUAUAAGUGAACUAAUACAGAAACUUCUGAAGGAGGCAGAAUUUUCCUGCAGCAUUUUAUGAGCUGAUUAAAAUUAUUGUCAGAUUUCAGCUACACAAACAAAUGAUUUUCCAUGUAUUUAAUACAAUUUGUAAUAUUUCAGCACAGAAUACCACAUGUUUAUGAGAAUGCAGGUGUAACUGCUGGUGCAUUAAAUAACUCUGUACUACAAUAAUUUUAAGGUUGAUUCAUAAACAAUUUGCAAUCAGCAGAUAUUUGAUUUAUCCUUUAAAUUCUUAUUAUCAUUAGUGAGUUUCACUUUGUGUUUUUGUUUUCUAAAGAAAACAUCUCUAUGUUUUUUCAUAUAAUGUACACUUUUAUCAGUUAGUAUAAAAUCAUUAACAUGCUGUUUUUAUACUGUAUUUUUCUUUUUAGUAAUUCUUGGAGGUGGAAUCUUAUUUAAAAAACCUUUUAAAUUUUUUUUUGUUAAAAUGGAAGAUUUUUUGUAAACAUGAAAGAAUGCAGUUUCUAAGUAAGAAAGAAAAUCACAGAAAAUGUAAAAAUGUCAGAAUUACUUUCUGUAUUUUGUCUCAUGGGGAAUAAGAAUUGUCCAUCAAGAUAAUUUAGACUGAUUUUAUGACACUGUUCUUUGGUUUUGUUUAUUGACAUUUAUACUAACGAAUAUUUAGUAAAACAGGAAAUACCAUGUGUUGGGGUGUGGUUUGCAGUUUCGUGCAGGGAAGGCGGACGCACCUGAUGGCAUCUGCAAUUACACCGGCCGUCUUAAAUAAGGGGUAUUGGGGUUUGUGUGAGAGUUGUGGUGUGAUGUGAUCAAAUUAAGAGCGACAUUAAAAACAAUCACACUGAGUAAA